AUGACCGACACUACCGAAAUCACCGCCGGGCCUACUCCCAUGGAAGUGGUCGACGAACAAGGCCCCGGUCUCUCGACGCCAGCCAGCAAGACAAAGGGCCGCCACCGUGUGCUCUGUGGCGUACAGCGAAUGUCAUCCUCACCUUCGCUGUCCAGGACCGGCCGCUCAAGAUCACACAGCAACCCCCAACGCGGGCGUGGGAACGUUUCCUGCGUGAGCUUGGCAGGACCUUCGACCUCCGGAACAUCUUUUAGUGGCGAUUCUUACUUUCCCGCAGGCGCGACAGCAUCUGGCUACGCCAGCGCCUCGAGCUCAGUCCCAGGAACGCCGUCGAGCGAAAUCAUCCAGUUUGUGGGCAUUGACGGCCGUCUGGCUAUCCGGCGAGUCGACAAUGUCUUUCCUGCGUCGCAGUCACCGGUACCCCAGACCAUUGGACUUCCGUCUGACCUAAGGACGACGAGCAAGAUCCAGAUCGCAAACCCGGCGGUUCCCAAACGCGGCUUCAACUUCUGGGAGAACAUGCCUUACGAGAUGCGUGUGCAAAUCUUCUCCUACCUUUCACCCAAGGAGCUUGUACGAGCUUCGCGUGUCAGCAGGGUGUUCCACAAGAUCUGCUUCGACGGGCAGUUGUGGACAUCCUUCGAUGCCACGGAAUUCUACCAAAUCAUUCCUGCCGAAUCACUCGCCAGAAUCAUCGUUGCUGCCGGUCCUUUCAUCAAGGACCUGAACCUCAGAGGUUGCGUCCAGGUCGAACAUUACAAACGGGCCGAGGUGGUUGUCAAGGCUUGCAAAAACUUGGUCAACGCUACGCUGGAGGGAUGCCGCAAUUUCCAACGCAACACGCUACACAGCCUGCUGAGGAGCAACGACAAACUCGCCCACCUGAACUUGACUGGAUUGACAGCAGUAACCAACAUGUCCUGCAAGAUCAUCGCCGAGUCGUGCCCGCAGCUGGAAAUGUUCAACGUAUCAUGGUGCGUGCACAUGGACGCACGAGGAAUCAAGGCAGUACUCGUGGGGUGUCCCAGACUCAAGGAUCUGCGGGCAGGAGAAGUUAGGGGUUUCGACAACCUCGAUGUUGCCGAGACGAUCUACGAGACGAAUAACCUUGAAAGGCUGGUCCUGAACGGCUGCGCCGAGCUUAACGACCGCGCGCUCAAGGUUAUGGUCCACGGAGAGGACCCCGAGAUCGACAUCCUUACUGACCGUCCCGUCGUACCUCCGAGGAAAUGGCGCCACCUCGACCUCAGCCGCUGCUCCCGCCUUACGACCCAGGGCGUGAAGGCGCUGGGAUACAACGUUCCGGAUCUUCAGGGGCUGCGACUGUCUGGUUGCACCGCACUUACAGACGCGGCGCUGGAGCCCAUCUUCGCAUCCACCCCACGUCUCACACACCUCGAGAUGGAAGACUUGUCGGAUCUCACCAACGGCCUUCUCUCUGAGCACUUGGCCAAGGCCCCCUGUGCGCCACGGCUAGAGCAUCUGUCCAUCAGCUACUGCGAAAACCUCGGCGACAGCGGCGUGCUCCCCGUCGUCAAGAACUGCGUCAACCUCCGAGCCAUGGACCUCGACAACACCCGCAUUAGCGAUCUUGUCCUCGCCGAGGCGGCCUACAUGGUCAACAACCGUUCCCAGAGCGCCGCGGCGAAGCCGAAACCACGAGUCGGUCUCCACAUGGUUAUCUACGACUGCCAAAACGUCACCUGGACCGGCAUCCGCGAGGUCCUGUUCCGCAACGCCCAAACCAAGCCCUCCAUGUCCGAGAUCGGCAAGUUUACAUAUUCGGCAGAGGCCAUCAGCCUCAAGUGCUUCUACAAGUUCCAAAUGACGGUCGACGAGCACAUGAAGCGCGUGCUCCGCGGCGACCUCGCCGCCGCCAACCGCCUCGAGCGCCGGUGGGCCGACUACAUGCAGGCCAACGAGGAGGCAGGGACCACCGGGGCCGGCCACCGCCGUCGCAGGCGCAGGGCCCGCGAGGCGCAGAUGUUGCACGCCGACGAGGAGGAGGGCGGCAACGGCGGUCGGCGGCGGGGCCGGACCGUCGGUUCCUGCGCCAUCAUGUGA